AUGUUGCUUUUAGUUACAUUUUCUACCUUCCUAAGCUAUUGUCUAGCUGCCACCAUCCAAUGGAACGAACUCUGGUUUUUGGUAUCUUUGAGCUACCAAAAUCAUCGCAAUUUUUGUAGUGGAACUUUGGUACUUAAUGAAAGAACUGUUCUAACAGCUGCUUCUUGUAUGACAAGGCUUGAGAAUAACAUACAAUACAAAGAUAUAGAAGUUCACGUUAAUGGCUUUCCACCAACAUAUACAGUGCGAAAUUUCAAAGUACAUCCCGAGUUUGACGUCAGCAAGCCUGGCAUCAAUGAUCUUGCUUUACUCUACUUGAAACAACCCACAAUAUUCAACAUCAUUUUCAGCAUUUUCACUUUUACUUUCACUAAACCACUUCAAUCGAGUUCAGUUAGUAAAAAUGCUGAUGUUGUUGCUUAUGAAUUAAAUGCUGACAAAAGAACUGCUCAUGACAGAGAGCUAAAAGUUGUUGGUUCUGAAGCUGACUUCUGCGCAAGUACUGAGAGUGUUAUUUGCGCUACUGAUAAGAAAACAGGCAGCUACUGUGGCAAAAACUUUGGGGGACCACUUAUUGAUAAAAAAUGUGGAUAUAUUGUUGGCAUCAUUCCUUAUAAUCCCAAAACAAACUGUUCUUCAGGACACGCUGAACCAUUUGUCAGACUUUCAAGCUACAAAGAAUGGAUUAAUGAGGAACUGGCAUUCUUACCUUGGUUUAACUCUCCUCAAGACACAUUUCAUUUCUAAUGUCAUAGAUAUAAAUCUUUAAAGACAAUUUUAGAAAUUUUUUAUGUUUAAGUGCAAAUUGUCACGUUUAUGUCCGUAGGGUAAUAAAACAAGUUUAUGAUAUUUUUGAUUGAGUAAUAACGUACAUACUUGAAAAAAAUCACAUCACAAUCACAGGUAUCAUUAAUUUGGUAUUAUUCUGUAUGGUUACAUUUUUGUAAGUAAAACAUUUAUCUCUACAAUAAAAACCAGUUUAUGGUGCCA